CCAGAGUGGGAGCGCCGUCUCGCGGUGAUCAGCCCGGAUGCUUCUCCCAGCUCUGGAUUUAUGGCACGCAGCUGUUGAGCGGCUGACAGACGUGUGAGGAGCCUCUCGCUGUUGCCUCUCAAGCUGCUGGGAGCAGCUCAGGAUCUGCUCGCUGCUGCUUUGGAAAAAAGGGGACCGCUGUGUGCUUCGACACGCCGCCAUGGUUCGGGAGCAGUACGUCACCACCACCCAGGGCAGCAGCUCGCCCCGGCCCGCAGCCGACCACGUCUACAAGAUCGGCAUCUACGGCUGGAGGAAGCGCUGCCUCUACCUGUUCGUGCUGCUGCUCAUCGUCAUCCUGGUGGUCAACUUUGCCCUCACCAUCUGGAUCCUCCGGGUGAUGUGGUUCAACGCGGAAGGGAUGGGACUCCUACAAGUACACUCUGAUGGAGUAAAGCUGGAAGAGGGCGAGUCUGAGUUCCUCUUCCCGGUCUAUGCUCAAGAGAUUCACUCCAGAGAAGAUUCUUCCCUAGUUGUGCAUUCAUCAGAAAACGUUUCCCUCAAUGCCCGGGAUGAGAACGGGAACGUCACGGCGAGGACGUCUGUGGGUCCAAAAGAGGCUCGGGGACACACUCAGAACCUGCUCAUCAACUCCCACAAUGACAACAUGCUGUUCAGUGCAGAUGGCGAGCAGACUGUGAUCGGUCCCGACAAACUCCGAGUCACAGGUCCAGAGGGAGCUCUGUUCCAGCACUCUGUGGAGGUGCCGCUGCUGAAGUCAGAACUUUUAAAGGACCUGAGGCUGGAGUGUCCGACCCGCUCUGUGACCGUAGACGCACCCAAAGGAGUUCACCUGAAAGCGCUGGCUGGAAACAUCGAAGCUGCUUCCAACAUGGACGUCAUCCUGCAGUCAACCCUGGGGCUGCUGGUGCUGGAUGCGGAGACGGUGCGAAUGCCGAGCCUGCCGCUGAGCAAGGGCGGCGUUUCUGGAAACACUCAGGGUCUCUACGAGGUCUGCGUCUGUCCCAGUGGAAAGCUCUUCCUGUCCAAGGCUGGGAGAACUUCCACUUGCAGCGAAAAUCAGGACUGCUAGACUCUGACAAGGUCAUCGACUUUCCAUCUCUGAAGACGCAUCUUCUGGGAGGCAACAAGCACAACUGUUUAUAUGGAGCGCAAGUUUGCUUCCCUUCUUGUUUUUUUGGGGUUUUUUUAACGCUCAUACCCAAGUGGAUCUGCGAUUUUCCCACUUACACAUGAAGCUGUGUCAAAAAAAAAAAAAAUAACUCAUGUCACAGAUGCCAAGAUAUACAUCCCUUUGCAGUUGAAUUGAUGGUAAACUAACUACUGAGAGAUGCAAAUUAGCGUUCCAGUUUAAAAAUGCGUGUGUCACAGAUUUGUGAGAAUGUUUUUACACGUGCAGUGUCAAGGCUGGGCAAUGAGGAGCUGGUAACAGCUUACAUCCUAUGCAAUAUUAUCUUGUGGUGCAAUAAAUAAAGCUGAACGCAUAUCAAGGCCUUGGAAAAGUGGGGAUUAAAUUGUUAAAGUUUUUUUUUUAAACUUUAUUAUAGAAAUAUUUAUUUUAGUCAAUGACACUUUUCGCCCAAAACUCCGAGCCCUUGGUAUGUGGUGUUUUUGUCUUGCCGUUCUGUGUGACUUCUGUUUAACUAAAGGGGGGGGGGGGGCUGGAAAUGGCGGUACAUUUUGAGCUUGCUAUAGAUAAUUUUUAGAGAAUAGAUGUUUUUUUUUAUACUUCCACUUUUAAGUACAUUUCUAGCAAAUUUCACUCACAAAAAUCCUCACAAGUUCAGGAUCACAUGUUAUGCACCUUUCUCAUGGCCCAUCUUACUUCAGAGCUCAUUAUGUAAUCACUGAACCACAAGAAAGUUACUUAAGCAGGCGCUACUUUAACGUCUAAGGUCAGACGAUAACAUUAGCUUUUACCACGACAGUAUGGGCGCAGAAACAAAGUAAAUGUAAAAAAAAAAAUAAAAACUUGAAUCAUUUAAAGAGGGAAUACUUUUUCUAACUGCUUCAGUACUGCAUCAGAUGUGUUGUUUACACAUUAUGUGGAACAGGAGCUCAACAUUUGCCUUCACUGUAUGGAUGGAGGUGUCUCUCAACAGCGUCUGAAAGGACAAUAUUUUCUAAAGGUUAUGUUUUUUGUUUUUUUUUCUGGACUGACAAUUUUGUGAGCGAUGCCUUGGUGUAUACUUGCCUGUUUUUAUCCCAAUUGUUUUGAAUGUGCUGCGUUGGCAUUGUGAUCUGAAGGUAAAGGAUAAUGAAGGUGAUAUGCUGUUCUCACCUCAGGUCAUACUUGAUUAAAUGUAACGUUUAUUUGUUCAUUUUGUAUAUUAAAUAAAGUGGUUUUGCUUUUCUUUU